CAGGAGGCAGUUGCUGGCGAGCCCGGGAGGCCCAGGAGGCAGUCGUUACCCAGGCUGUCGCAUCCCGGAGGGAAUCUCGUCGGUGCCCCACUGGCCUCCAACCCCGCCGAUCGCCCCACAGGCUCGUGUGCGCUCCCGAUCUUGCCAGCCGUUCGCCACUCGCCUUGCGGACUGUGCCUCCUGCAUCAUGUGCGGUAUAUUUGCUUACCUAAACUACCAUGUCCCUCGCACAAGACGGGAAAUCUUGGAGACCCUAAUCAAAGGCCUUCAGAGACUGGAGUACAGAGGAUAUGAUUCUGCUGGUGUGGGAGUUGAUGGAGGCAAUGACAAAGAUUGGGAAGCCAAUGCCUGCAAAAUCCAGCUCAUUAAGAAGAAAGGGAAAGUCAAAGCACUGGAUGAAGAAGUUCACAAACAACAGGAUAUGGAUUUGGAUAUAGAAUUUGAUGUACAUCUUGGAAUAGCUCAUACCCGUUGGGCAACACAUGGCGAACCCAGUCCUGUCAAUAGCCAUCCCCAGCGCUCUGAUAAAAAUAAUGAAUUUAUUGUUAUUCACAAUGGAAUCAUCACCAACUACAAAGACUUGAAAAAGUUUUUGGAAAGCAAAGGCUAUGACUUUGAAUCUGAAACAGACACAGAGACAAUUGCCAAGCUCGUUAAGUACAUGUAUGAUAAUCGGGAAAGUCAAGAUAUCAGUUUUACUACCUUGGUGGAGAGAGUUAUCCAACAAUUGGAAGGUGCUUUUGCCCUUGUAUUUAAAAGUGUUCAUUUUCCUGGCCAAGCAGUUGGCACAAGACGAGGUAGCCCUCUGUUGAUUGGUGUACGAAGUGAACACAAACUGUCUACUGAUCACAUUCCAAUACUCUACAGAACAGGCAAAGAUAAGAAAGGAAGCUGCAAUCUCUCUCGUGUGGACAGCACAACUUGCCUUUUCCCUGUUGAAGAGAAAGCAGUGGAGUAUUACUUUGCUUCUGAUGCAAGUGCUGUCAUAGAACACACCAAUCGCGUCAUCUUUCUUGAGGAUGAUGACGUAGCAGCCGUGGUGGACGGCCGGCUUUCCAUCCAUCGGAUUAAACGCACUGCGGGGGAUCACCCUGGGAGAGCUGUGCAGACCCUGCAGAUGGAACUCCAGCAGAUCAUGAAAGGUAACUUCAGUUCAUUUAUGCAGAAGGAAAUUUUUGAGCAGCCAGAGUCAGUUGUGAACACAAUGAGAGGAAGAGUCAACUUUGACGAUUAUACUGUGAAUUUGGGCGGUUUGAAGGAUCACAUUAAGGAGAUCCAGCGGUGCCGACGUCUCAUUCUUAUUGCUUGUGGAACAAGUUAUCAUGCUGGUGUAGCAACACGUCAAGUUCUCGAAGAGCUGACUGAGUUGCCUGUUAUGGUGGAGCUAGCCAGUGAUUUCCUGGAUAGAAACACGCCAGUUUUUCGAGAUGAUGUUUGCUUUUUCAUUAGUCAGUCAGGUGAGACAGCAGAUACCCUGAUGGCGCUCCGGUACUGCAAGGAGAGAGGAGCUUUAACUGUGGGGAUCACAAACACAGUCGGCAGUUCCAUAUCCCGGGAGACAGACUGUGGAGUUCACAUUAAUGCGGGGCCCGAGAUCGGCGUGGCCAGCACCAAGGCUUAUACCAGCCAGUUUGUUUCCCUCGUGAUGUUCGCCCUGAUGAUGUGUGAUGACAGGAUCUCUAUGCAAGAGAGACGCAAAGAGAUCAUGCUUGGAUUGAAGCGGCUGCCUGAUUUGAUUAAGGAAGUACUGAGCAUGGAUGAUGAAAUUCAGAAUCUGGCAACAGAACUGUAUCAUCAGAAGUCGGUCCUGAUAAUGGGACGUGGCUAUCAUUAUGCCACUUGUCUUGAAGGGGCGCUAAAAAUCAAAGAAAUCACUUACAUGCACUCUGAAGGCAUCCUCGCGGGCGAAUUGAAACACGGCCCUCUGGCUUUGGUGGACAAGUUGAUGCCUGUCAUCAUGAUCAUCAUGAGAGACCACACUUACGCCAAGUGUCAGAACGCCCUUCAGCAGGUGGUUGCGAGGCAGGGACGCCCUGUGGUGAUUUGUGAUAAGGAAGAUACGGAGACUAUUAAGAACACAAAAAGAACAAUCAAGGUGCCCCACUCAGUGGACUGCUUGCAGGGCAUUCUCAGCGUGAUCCCCUUACAGUUGCUGGCUUUCCACCUUGCUGUGCUGAGAGGCUAUGACGUUGAUUUCCCCCGGAAUCUUGCCAAAUCUGUAACUGUAGAAUAAGGAGCAUCUGAAACUCUGGGCGAUAAAGCAACACAAGACACCUUUUGUAUUUAAAACUUUGAUUUAGAAUCUCACUCCUUUAAGCCUUUUUUAAAAGUAAAUCCUUAUUUAUAUAUCAGUUAUAAUUAUUCCACUCAAUUUGUGAUUUUUGUGAAAUUGCCUCAUAUUUUUACAGUAAUUUGUGGGGGAGUUUGAAAAUAGAAUCUAUAUUCAAGUCAGUAUCAGAAAUAGAUUUAGCUCUGAUUUACUUUAAGGGAUGCUGGGCGUUGGAUUUCUGGACCCUCCACUUCAGUCUGAGAGGACUGUGUGUUUUAAAAGUAAUUGGUAUUUGUUUUACCAUGAUUCUAUUCAUUCAGACCAAUAAAAGAGUAGUGCAUUUAAUUGGAAGCUCUAAAGCCAGUGGCAAUGUACUUGGGCGUUUAAUUAAGGUUUUGUUAAGUUAUAUAUAAAGAUGCUAUGCUUUAUUUUGAAAUUUGUGUACUAAAACCUGAAAGCAUUUCUUGGUGGGAUUUCUACCUAAGUUAGGUUAACCUUAGUCUCUCAAACUUGUUGCUUGUUAUUUGUAGGGCAAGGUAGCUUAGGAAGCUAAAUAGUAUACUAGUACAUUGGUUUUCUCCAGCCUUCAACAAAAUAUUUGUAUAAUUUCAUAGCACAGACUUUAAAUUUGAGUUGCUUUGGACAACUGACAAUAUGAUUUAAAUUUGAAGAUGGGUUAUCUACAUGUUGGAUAAUCCUAUUCUUUGUUUUUUCAUCUCCUGAAAGUGGUUUUUAUUUUCGUGUGUCUGCAGUUGUGUGUGUGUGUGUGUGUGUGUGUGUGUGUGUGUCUGCUGAAUGGCAUAUUUUAUCUUGUUCUUGGAAAUCCCCACACAUAGUUGCUAUCACAUAUCUCAAAUCAAUACUGAUAUAUUCAGAAUUCUCUUCAACUUUGUCCCAAAGAAGAAUUUCCUGUAGUUAAAUUUAUCUUCCCUUCACUGCCUUGUUUGUAUAAAACUAGUACCUUUGUGCCAGUUUGGAAGUUCUUUGCAACUGUUUGGAAGACAUUGUAAGUCUUUUGACUAAUCACUUGACUCUAAAUGUAUAUGGUGGGCUAGGCUCAGAAAAAGCUAUAUAUGCUUUACACUGAAAUUAAUGAAGGAUUGCAUCAAAUUUAGUACAGGCAUACCUUGGGGAUAUUGCGGGUUUGGUUCCAGACCUCCAUAAUAAAGCGAGUAUCACAAUAAAGUGAGUCGUAAUCUUUUUGCUAGUGGAAGGUCUUGCCUUCAAUUUGUAAAAAACACAACAUCUGUGAAGCAUAAUAAAAUGAAGUGCAAUAAAACGAGGUAUGCCUGUAUUACUUCCUAGAUCUUUUUCUCUCUGUAUUUUCUGUGUUCUACCCCUGAAACUUAUUUAGGAAUGAAGAACAUAUAAAGUGAUAUUGAGGUGCCUUCAGAUGGUUAGUGUCAGAAAUAGAAAUUAACAAUUUAGAUUAAAAUAUUUAGAAUAGACUGAGUGUGAUACUCAAAAAGUUGUAAUUUCUUCACUGAGCUUUUUUGGCCGAAUCAUGAGGGAUAUAGAACAGCAUGUUUGUAUUUUAGUCAAGUCUUUUGAAAAGUUUUUACUUUUAAAUUGUGAAGGUAAGAUAUUUACCAUAAUUAAGUAAGCUCAGUCUUUUCCAUGUUCUGUGAACUUCUUGAUGAGGUUAAGAUUUUCUAAUAGCUAUUGCUGCAAGAAAAUUAUAGAAUUCUGCUUGUGUAUUAGAGAAAGAAUUGGCACGUUUCGCAGUAAUUUGGAAGGGUUCUCAUUGAUGGCGACCAGAAACCUUAUUGUGUUUAAAAAUAAUAUAGGGUUACUGUUUGCAGCAUAUAUAGCUACUAUAGCUAUAUUUAUCUAUUUUAAUUGUUCCUAAGAUUAUUUUGUUUAGGCCUGCUAGUUUUAGUGUAUGCAUAAAGUCACUUCUUGUUUGUUAUAUUAGCAUUUUAUGCAAUGAUUUGUGUGUGUUUGUAGCAUUCUUAACAAACUCGGAAGUUUGUUAGCAUUCUAAAUGAAAACUAGUACGUGAAAUCAGUUUUCAAUCAAUUUCUCUCUUCUCUCUCUCUCUCUCUCUUCUUUCUCUUUCUCUAACACACUUCAAGCUAGGUUAAGUUCAAAACCAAAUAUCAAAAGCCAAUUGUAAAAAAAAAGGUGAUAUUGUCCAAACGUGGUUUCUCCUCCCUGUCCCUUUUCCUUCCUACCCUAUUUAAUAUAGUGAUUUUUCAAUGGUUUUAUGAAUUAUGAGCACAAAAAGGAUACCAUAGUGAGGCGAACUGCUAAUACGUGUGCAUGCCAGUUAAAAUCAAGGUAAUGUAGGAUAAGAAAAGCUGAUUUUCAAGAAAGAUAUUCUAUAAAAGCAUUUCUUUAUAUAAAAAGUUCUUCCUUGUACAUUUCAAGUUUAAAUUCACUUGUAUGUAUAACUUAGAGUUUCUUACCUCAGGCCAUUAACCCAUUUUAGUCUGGGAGUCAUGUGGAGCAUAUAAUACAUGGCCCAGUAAAUGAUUAUUACUUUGGAGUCACUUUUCGAUCUUUUUUAAAUCACCUAUGCCACAGGAAUAAAUGAUAAGAAAAAAAUUAAUGUUAACUGUUUUUAGUUUGUUAUAACUAUGUCAACCUAUUAUGGACAAGUUGCUGUGCUAGGAACUGAAAAACACAUGUUGUCUAAAGCAAAGUCCACUUCUCCCCAGGUGGACUCGUCAUCACUAGUGAAGACUGGGGUCAUUGAAAGGGACAGGAUGAGAGAGUGGAAAAAUGGAAUUGAGCUGGGUGGUUAAAUGUUGUGACUGGAGUUGUUCACUUAAAUAUUGGUCCAAGUUUGGGGAUGUGCCAUGUUCAUAAAAGGUGAGACACGUUUUGUAGAGUAAGCUGUUAUCGCAGGCUGUAGAUCCAUAUAUCUGUGGUAUUCUAAGGAAUGGCAGUCAUUAAAUGCAAAGCUGAAAAACAGUUGUGCAUCAGUACUACUAAGGGAGCUGACACAAGGUGAUACGCAGGUGGGGCUGUUGGGUAAGGGAGCCAAUCCAGAUUUUCUCUUCAGUUUCUUAUAAAGUUGUUUCGGAGGUGGCAUUGUCUUAUCCUUUUGAAGAUCCGUCCCUUGGCCUGAGUUAAUUAUGAGGAUGGCAGGAAAGGAGCCGUGUUUUUGCUCCUUGGUAAUAUUCUCUUGACACUUCUAUUAAUUCUUCAAAGAAGGAAAACCAGCUGAAAAGUUUGUCUUAACAAACACUUUAAAAAGCCCUUUGGGGUCAUUUUUUCUCUCUUUUUUCUAAUUUCAUUUUUUAAAAAAAUUUUAUUAAAAUAUAGCUAACAUACAAUAUUAUAUUAGUUUCAGGGGCACACCAUG